ACCGGUAUACACUGCUAUAAACCGGUGUCGGUCACCGAUGUUCGGUAUUCAGCAGGAACGCUCCUAGCAGCCUCUUCUACGACUGCUAGUUGAUUCAGUGGGCACAGAACGCGUUUGCGCAAGCUGUCGCCGUGGCGGGCUGUGGCCUCCGCUGUCACUUCACAAAGGCGAUCGCUAGACUACAUGCAAUCACGCACAGACGUGCAUCACAGAACAUGCGUGCAUCAGGUGCAUACCAAAAGUGAAACAGCGGAAGUAGCCGUCAAAAGGGGUCAAAGCGCCAUGUGACCUGUGAUGUAGUUCCGCUAGCCAAUAUGGCUGCCACGUGGUGGAGGCUUUGCGUACGGUACGGUGUAUUUAGUAUCUGAUGCUUGGGCAGGUGGUAGUUCGGAUAUUUAAUGGAAUUCGCCAUACAUUUACUGUAGUUGCUACACUUAUUACUCGUAAGUGCCAACAGUACUUUACAUAACGCUGGAACAUGAGCGAGGUGAAAAGUAGAAAAAGAAGCGCAGCGAAAGCGGCCGCUGACUCGGAGAGCUUGUCAUCUGUUGAAGUGCUUGAAGGGAGCGACGACCCCAGCAGCGCUAACGGUACGCUUCGUCACGACGGUGCCGCAAAAGUAGUAUCAGAGGUUCCUCGUACGGAAACGAACAGCGCAGUUAGUUACUUGAGCUCGUGGCUAAAUGGCUCCUCCAAAGCUUUCACGGUCAAGAUCGAAAUUGAUGCAAUGUCUGUGGCUCUGUUUUUCCUGGCGCUCCUGACAAGAAUGUGGAGACUAGAAUAUCCACGAAGCAUCGUAUUCGACGAGUUGCAUUACGGAAAAUUCGCAAGCUUGUACAUGAAAAAUAUUUUCUUUUUUGAUUCACAUCCUCCUCUUGGAAAGCAGUUGGUUGCACUAGCAGGAUAUCUGGCAGGCUUCGAUGGCGACAGUGAAUUUGACAGGAUAGGUGGGAGUUACAGUGCAUCAGUCCCAUUGUGGGCUUUACGACUUGUGCCAGCAUUGUUUGGCUCACUGUUGGUGCCUGUCACUUACCACCUUGCACUGUCACUUGGUUUGGCCCAAGUGUCAGCAGCCUUGGCUGCCAUACUUGUACUUUUUGAGAACUCUCUUCUUACCCAAUCACGGUUUGUCCUCAUGGAAGCCAUCCUGAUGUGCUUCUCAGCACUGGGCCUGCUUGCUUUGCUCAAGUUCCGGAAACAGAGAUCAUUCACAUUCUCUUGGUGGCUAUGGUUGAUCCUGUCUGUCUCAUUUCUCACGUGUUCCAUGUGCGUCAAGUACAUAGGCAUUUUUUCUAUGCUUUUAGCAGUCUACAUAAUGGCUAGAGAUUUUUGGAAAAUGCUUGGAAACAGCUCUCUCUCAGAUGGAAAACUGUGGGCACACUUCAUUGCGAGGGCAACUGUGAUGACAGUGGUGCCUCUAAGCAUCUACCUUGGUGUGUUUUAUGUGCAUCUGAGCCUCCUUACUAGGGCAGGUCCUCAUGACAAUAUUAUGACGAGUGCUUUCCAAGCAAGCCUUGAGGGAGGAUUGGCAUCCAUCACUAGAGGCCAACCUUUGUCAGUGGUCCACGGCUCACAGAUCACCUUACGGCACACACAUGGUCGUGCCUGCUGGCUACACUCGCACCCACAUGUUUACCCGGUCAAGUACCCUGAUGGCAGAGGCAGCUCACAUCAGCAGCAGGUGACAUGCUACAGCUUCAAAGAUGUCAACAACUGGUGGAUAGUCAAGCGUCCAUCAAUAAAGGACAUAGUUGUCUCAGACCCUCCGGAUGUUAUCAAGCAUGGUGACAUUGUUCAGCUCAUUCAUGGCAUGACAAGUCGGGCAUUAAACAGCCAUGAUGUUGCUUCUCCAAUGUCACCUCAGCACCAGGAAGUAUCAUGCUAUAUUAAUUACAACAUAUCUUUCCCAUCGCAAAACUUGUGGAAAGUGGACAUUGUGAACAGAGACACAGAAGGUGACAUCUGGCAUACCAUACAUUCGCAUGUGCGACUAAUUCAUGUAAACACAUCCCAAGCUUUGAAGUUCAGUGGCAAACAGCUUCCUGACUGGGGAUUUCACCAGCAUGAAGUUGUCACUGAUCGUUUUCUUUCUCAAGAUGAUACGGUGUGGAAUGUAGAAGAGCACCGUUAUACGAAAAAUUCCGAUGAAAAGGAAAGAGAGCGUGACAUGGUCUCAGCAGAAUUUGUGCCACUGCAGCCUACGCACUUGACAUUCUUCCAGAAGAUGUGGGAGCUUCAGUACAAAAUGUUAUUAGUAAACCAGGAGAAUGUGCAGGACCACGUGUACAGCUCUGAACCAAUGGAAUGGCCACUAAUGGUUCGUGGCAUUGCAUACUGGAUUAGUCCCGUCACCAAUGCCCAGAUUCACUUGGUUGGGAAUGUGGUUACUUGGUAUACGGCCACAGUCUGCCUCCUCCUUUAUGUGCUCAUCUUUUGUUUUUAUCUUCUGAGGCGACAGCGGCUGGUCUGUGACAUUCCUGAAGAUACAUUUGAGAAGUUCAGAUUUGGAGGAGAGCUGUGCGUUGUGGGCUAUGCCAUGCACUUGGUGCCAUAUUUCUUUGCUGACCGGACACUGUUUUUGCACCACUACCUGCCCGCACUGCUGUACAAGAUCCUUGGCAUCAUCGUCGUGCUGGAGCACCUUGACUAUGUCCUCUGCCAUGUCAUCAAGAAGAAGUGGAUACAGCUGGGAUUCUAUACUUCUGUUAUCAUCUGGCUGCUGGGUGUCAUCUACGUGUUCUGGCGUUUCUCUGUAUUUUCAUAUGGUACAACUGCCCUGUCAGCACAGGAUGUACUGGACCUAAAGUGGAGGGACUCUUGGAGCUUCAUCAUUCACCGUCCUUGAUUUGUAUUCCUGUAUGGAAUCUGUAGCCUUCUUGUUACUGGAAGGGAUCCUUUGUCAUAGCGUUCUUUUUUUUUAAGCCAAAUUUUGAAGUGUAAGAACCCCAGUCAGACUGGCAAAUUUAGUAUCACUUUGAGCAAGUGCACCGCGUUUUCAUUAAGUGCCAUUUUGUUGACACAAGGCUACACAGCAAAACAGUGUUUGGAAUUGGAUACUAAAAAGGCAUUUGAAAUAAUUGCUACUAUAUGAGAAGUAGUAAUUGAUGUUGCUUUUUUAUUGUAUAGAAAGAACUUCUUGAAUGGCAUUUGCAGAAACUGCUGGGACAGCACCACCACCAAGCACCAAGGAAGUUUUUUUAUUUGCUGUAGUACAUGCAGGGCAGAAUGUAAUAGCAGUGGCCACUGAAAUUGAGCAGUGGAAGCACAAGAUAUUUCGUUGAUUGAAACAGAUGCAAUUGGAACAUUACCUGUAAAAAAGUACCUAAUUUGUUUCCAGUUUUCCUUUACUCUUUCAACUGCCUUUGUCAAGGCCACACACUUGUAGCCUCGACACAUUUGUAGCCUGGUAAGUGAGUUUGCCACCCGCACUUAGAAAUGAGUGCACUCUGCUACAAGUGUCACUGGAGUUUCUCUUAUGACAUCCUCCAAUCAAGAGACACUUGCUCAAAGUCACUCUGAGUUUGCCUGUCUAACAGAUUGUUUAUCAAGUGGACAUUGUGGGUUGUGGUCUCUUGGAAAUAUUCUGAAAGAGGAAUAGAAACGCCCUCUGACUGACUUUUAAUGGUCUCACUUAGGGAAAAAAAAACUAAAUUUGGGUCAUUUAGGGACAGAGGGCAUUAUUUCUACAGUGAAUGUCUUGCAGACAGCUGGUUGGUGGCUAGACGCUGUUAAUUUACUGCAGUUUCGUGCAAGGGUGAAGCAAUAUAUGCCUGAUACUAGCGCACUACUAUAAGAAAUGACACCAUCCAGAACUUUAUUGCUCUUGUGGAUGCCUGACAUUUUCUUCUUCCUGUCCUGCUUUAUCAGAUGCCGACCAACCAUCUCAUGUUUUUAGAGAAUAUUUUAGGCAAGUUGCAUUAACACAUUGAUCAUCAUUUGUUGCACUGGCACUUGCAUACAACAUAUAUUGAGCCAUCUAAUACUUAAAUGUGCUUGGACAUUGUGGUCAGCACACUGCGGAGUCAUGAAACUUCACUAAUCUGUGUCCACUUGUAAACAGCAAACUCUUCUCCAGAAUCCUUGCUGCAAGAAAGGCACCAUACUUUAUGUUUAGUAUGGAAUGUUUGUGGGUCGAUGGUACACGUAUGAAUGUUUAUCUUUUACAAUGUUUGUUUUAUAGCUGGUGAGUUUUUGCACCAGAAACUUUAUUUUUACUCUUGAUAUAACACUUUACAGUGCAUGCCAGUGAACGUGUUUUGAUGAUUUAUUUACACAGGAAUUCUUGGACACUUAUUUUAGAUAUAUUUUAUGGCUGGGUGAUCUGAUGUUUCUUGUGUGGCACAUUUAUUGCCUGGUUUUAUAUUUUGUAGACUUUACAAGCUACAAUAGGCAUGUUACAAACCAUUUUAGAGUAAUUAGAAUGUAAUCUACAUUUAAUCAUUCUUUUAUUAAUUUAUUUUAAUGAUGUGUUUUUCUGUGUUCAUCGUUGAGAAAGUGUCUCGUUUGAGGCGUACAACUUUCAUACUCUAACUUUAUAAAUAGCAUGUUACCUAUAGCAAUAGUAUACUGAAAGCAAAAAACAGUGAACCUUAAAAAUUUAUUGUGGACUGUUAUGGGUGCCGUCGUGAAUUUGUUUACCUUUUGUCAUGUUCACUUUUUAUGGUAUGGACUUUACAAUCUGUGAAAAAGCAUGUAAAGAUGAGAAUCUGCUGACGGAUUUAAUUACUUUUUUGUGUGUUUGUUUGAAUGGACAUGUUCAUAUUCAUAAAAGCUUACUGGGACCGUUCUACAACCACUUGAUGGGGGAAACCUUCAUGCAGUAGUGCCACUGUUAGCAUGUUAUUUUUUUUUAGCAAGACCAGAACAAGAUCAAACAUACUGCACAUGUGCAUUUGCACGUUCGUUUCAACAUUGCAUUUUCUUUGAAAUAUGGGUUUCUGAUUUUUAAAGUGUAAGAAUCUGGAAAUAAUAUGCACUUGUUAAAAGUGAUUCGUAAUUUCUUCUAAAGACUUCAGGCACAUGAACUGGUCUUUAUUAUCCGAAGGCAUUGGGGCACCUUUCAUGAGAUUUUGGAGUGUAUGCACUUAACAUGAACUCUUUUCCUGAAAUGUUGAUGGGUUGGUUUUAUAAUUGUUUUCUUUAUACCUUUAAUGCUCAUUCAUUGUUUAGCCACCUUUGCUGUGAUUCUGUAUGGUCUAAAUUUUGAUAUAUAUUGUUACAGCAUUGUACUUAAUGUUAGUGAAACAAGCAACACUUCCAUUAAGAAAUAUUGUUUCUUUUAAGGUUGUGACAUUACAGAAAUAUAUGCACCUUUUACAAUGCACUGUCAGGCACUUCGAUACCACAGUAGUCUUGAAAUUGUUUAAUUUCAUCAUAGCCUGGCCAUGAAACACAAUUUAGUGCAAUGCAGUUGUUGCUUGCACAUGUGCAUAAGGCACCUUUUGGUUUCAUACUGAGUAUUCAGGCUGCAAAAUAAUUAUUUCUUUAAUGGUGCCUAUAUUGUUCAAACUUUAGCUCCUGACAGUACUUUUAUACCAGAGCAACGAAUGUACACUCUUUUUGGUGAAUGUUAUUGUGAGUUCUGUGCCUUCCUGCAAGUAAUAUAUCAGCAUAGUGUUACCGAGAGAGAAGCAACCUGCUAUGAGCUUGAAAGAAAGAUGUGUAGGAAUAUGAUUAUUGUGAAGCAAAAGUAUGCCAUAAAGAUGGCAUAACUCUUCGGAGCAUGUGGCAGUAAACCGUCUAAAUUUUAAAAAAGUUAUUCAAUACAGUGUGUAUAAAUGCCAUCAGUGCCUUUGUGAUGUUGAUCACAAAUGUUUCUAGGAAACCACAACCAUGUCUUGAGUUGAAUUUAUUCAAAUUUGUUGUUUACUUGGCAUGAGCUAAAAAAAUAGUAAAUUUUAUGGCAUUGCACUUUGAAGAAUGGGCUCUGCAACACCUAUUACCAAUGGAACUGUCUUACCCUGCAGAUUAAAGACACCUAAGGGGUCAAAAUUAACCUUAGCGCUCUGCCCACUACAUUGUCCCUCAAACUGUUGCUUUGAAAUCAAAAAACCCAUCUUUCUGUCUUUGAUGAACCAGUGAAUGUGUUCUUAACCAUUUAGACAUACCAUUUAGGUAAUGCCUUGCAUGUGUGAUUAUAAGGUAAUUAUGCACCCCGGUCUAGUAGAAAGGAUAAAUACUAUGAAAUUCUGAAAUGCAGGAGAGGGCAGACAGGUUUGUUGCAGAGGCCCUCUAAGGGACAGCUUGUCUGUCAGCCUUUCUUUUUUCUCACUCAGUAUGAUGUGAUAAAGUCAAGGAUCAAGUGUCACUUUCAAAACCAAGAAGUAAAUGUGAGCUACUAUGUAUGCAUGUCUCUUGUCAGUUUUCUCAAGUGACUUGUUUGUGCAAGUGCAUUGUCCAACUGCUAAGUGUCCUAAUUUAUUUGUUUUUUACGCAAUGUGUUCAUGCUGGUUGUCACUUCAUAUUGAAUGGGCCUGCUGUUGUAUGCAUAUUGAAUCUUGCUGUAGGCACAAAAAUGUUCACUUGAAUUUUCUGCAUUUAUUUCUAUGGUGUACAUGUGGUUGGCAAGAUUAAUUAUUCAUUCGAAUAACACUUCAAAGAAGUAGUGGUCAGGGGUGUAACAACUUGGUCUCACCAUCAAGGCCAUUAUUAAAGUGAAGCUUUCUUUGCCUCUU